AUCGAUUCUCAACCAUCAAAUACGCAAACUAUCAAACCGAAGAACCAAUCAUCAAUCUCAAACCAUGCCAGCUUCUUCAAGACCUUAUGAUCCAAACCUCAAGACUGCAUAUAAAUCAGAUCCAUCUUUACUUUCGGUCAACUUCAAUCAAGAUUAUACUUGUAUAAGUGUAGGAACUAGAUCUGGUUAUGCUAUACAUAAUUGUGAUCCGUUUGGAAGAGUUUAUGCAAAGGGUGAUUCUGCUAUUGGAAUUGUAGAAAUGUUAUUUUGUACUUCAUUAGUAGCAUUAGUAGGUACAGGUGAUCGACCUUCACCAAGUACUAGGAAAUUACAAAUUGUCAAUACCAAGAGACAAUCAACAAUUUGUGAACUUACUUUUCCUACAUCUGUUUUAGCUGUUAAACUUAAUCGAAGAAGACUGGUGGUAGUCUUAGAAGAACAGAUUUAUCUUUAUGAUAUAAGUAAUAUGAAAUUACUUCAAACACUUGAAACUAGUUCGAAUCCUAGUGGUAUAUGCGCUCUUGCACCAUCUUCAGAAAACUGUUAUCUUGCUUUUCCUUCCCCUCUUCCAUCACCUUCUGCUCCAUUCUCUAAUGCGCCACCUACGCCGACCUCUUCAUCUUCAGUCAGUACAGGAGAUGUUUAUCUAUACGAUGCAAUGUCUUCAUCAGUCACCAAUGUGAUUCAAGCUCAUAAAGCACCUUUAGCUCUGAUCUCAUUCAAUUCGACGGGUACUUUGAUGGCCACAGCAUCUGACAAG